CCAUUUCAACUUGGUAUGGUAGUGAGUGUAACUAUAUAAAGCCACACUUCAUAAAUCACUAACUAGUACGAUUGUUAUUUACAACAAGAUUUGACAGAUAAAAUGGCGCGAACCAAGCAGACAGCCCGCAAAUCCACCGGCGGGAAGGCGCCAAGAAAACAACUAGCGACGAAAGCGGCUAGAAAAAGUGCUCCGGCUACAGGGGGAGUCAAGAAACCUCAUAGAUACAGACCUGGUACGGUCGCGUUAAGGGAAAUUCGACGUUAUCAGAAGAGUACAGAGUUGCUAAUAAGAAAAUUACCUUUUCAACGUCUUGUUAGAGAAAUAGCUCAAGAUUUUAAGACUGACUUGAGGUUUCAGAGUUCAGCAGUAAUGGCGCUUCAAGAAGCGAGUGAAGCUUAUCUUGUCGGACUGUUUGAAGAUACAAAUCUUUGCGCAAUUCAUGCAAAAAGAGUCACAAUAAUGCCGAAGGAUAUUCAACUCGCAAGAAGAGUGCGUGGUGAACGCGCUUGAUUCGCACCUAUUCCAAUAAAACUUUAAUAAAUUAUUUAAGAAUAACAGUUAUAUGACAAAGCCCUUUUCAGGGCUACAAAAAAUCUAUGUUUCGAUGGAAUGUCAAAAUUUUUUUACAAAUCUAUAACAUCAACCAAAGAUGUCUAUUACCAAAUCAGUUUUUAACUAAGCUAAGCUUAAUAUA